AUGAUUAUUGCUGCUCUGACAGUAGCAGGGCCGCAACAAUUGUGGCUUACGGCUUCAGGGCCGAUGGUCUUUAACUAUCGACAGACUGAUGAUGUGAGCGUCUACGCAACUCCGGUUCAAUCGGCCAUUUCGUUGAAAAUAGCCGAAGCAACAAUCCAGUCAUUGUGUCUGGUGCCACCGCAGCCAAGUAACGGCCACUGGAAGCUCCAUCGAAAGUUCUGCGAUGACCACUACAAGGAUUGCGACGUUCCUCAACAUCUUAGGGUCAAUCCUAAUACCCAGCUGGUAUACACCUGCAAUGCCAACUACGAAGUACGCGGACCUACUGACGUGUUCUGCGAUAGAAGAGGAUUGUGGUCAGAUAUUCCCGAGUGUGUUGAGAUAAAAUGCAGCGCUUUGAACUCCCGGUCGACGCGGGCGGAUUGCUCUCUUCACGGCCAGUUGGUGAGCUGCGACUCUGCGGUGUCUUCGGGUGUUGAAGCCAAACUAUUUUGUCGGCAGGGAUACAGGAAGGAGACGAGUUCCUCAGCGAGUCGCAGAGACGCCGUCGUGUGCAACUCCAAGGGAGAGUGGGAACCGAUUCCCCUCAGAUGCGUACCAGCUUGCGGUGUUCUACCAGCCCAUAACGGGUCAUUCAGAUCUAACGGAGUCGCGUCGUCAGUCGGCGGCUUACCAUGGCAUGCGAGCCUCUACAAAGAAGACAAAACGUCAACGACAGCCGAGAAACAGUAUCAGUGCGGUGCUACAAUUAUUCGGCCCGAUCUGGUCAUGACGGCAGCUCAUUGCGUCUACGACGAGACACUCGGAUACACGGAGAACCCUGAUAAGCUCUUUCUUCUGGCUGGAAGUACAUCUAGAAGUUAUGAUUCUCCUCUGCAUGAUCCCAAAAUCGUUCGGAAGGCUGCGGUGAAAAACAUCCACAUAAAUUGUCAGUAUUACGGACUCUUGGGAAACUACAGAGCUGACAUCGCGUUGCUGGAACUUAAGCAGCCGUUCGAGCUCUCUGAUGUUCUUCUGCCCGCUUGUUUGGACUUUUCUAACAGCCUGGACCUGUUACUCGAGCCUGGUGUCCUUGGAAGAGUCACCAGUUUCGGUAGGAUAACAUCAGGGGAGACCGGUAACGUUCUGCAGACUCUGACCGUGCCUUACAUAUCCUACAACCAGUGCAAGCGUUCGAUCAACGCUGCCAAUAAGGAGCUCUUCAUCAGCACCGACGAGUUUUGCGCCGGUUCCACAAACGGAUCGGCUGUGUGCUUAGGUGACAGUGGGGGUGGAUUGGUAUUCGAGCAAAAUCACUUGUGGUACGUUCUAGGGAUCGUCAGUAUUGGUUUCGGCGUAGACACUAGCAGCGGAGAAUGGACGUGCGACAAAAAUUCCUACUCGCGUUACACCAAAGUCUCCAAUUACGUGACUUGGAUUCAAGACGUGAUGUUCAAUUUAGAACGAAACAAAUCUCACCCUCCGUGCGAAUCCCAUAACUCGCCGCCAGCAGCGUCCGCUGAUCCGCUUGUGCCAUCAUCGGUAGUAACGUCGAACAUAACGCAGUUCGCGUGCACUUGUCCGAUUUCGGCCGAGCCCUGGUCACAACCGCAAAACCAGUCGAAUCAGGGACGCGUAUUCUGCUUCGCACCACUACAGCCUGCCAAUGGAGAACGGAGGCUUCGUUCGAAUCCGUGCGAGGACGACAAGGGUUGCAGUAUUUCUGAGGGCGCAGCUCUGGAACUUGGAACUGCACUGACAUACAGUUGCAGGCCUGGAUUUCGAAUGAAAGGGAAUCCCGACGUUUACUGCGUACUGCCGGGACGCUGGUCAGCGAUUCCCAACUGCAUUGAGAUCAUGUGUCCCCCGUUGGACGAUGAUUCGAUGUUUGUGACUUGCUACCGGUCGAACCAUCGGACACCGUGUAAUUCUUCAGCGCUGGCAUAUACCACGGCCACACUAGCGUGCCGCUCUGCUUUCAUAGAGGAUUCGAGUCUCGGGAAGGCUGGCAGGAAAACUGUGACAUGUAACAUGAAUGGAGAAUGGGAGCCCAACCCGAUCACCUGCGUCCCAGUAUGCGGAGCAUUGAAUACGAAGUUAACCCCGACUGUGGUGCAUGGAGUUGCAGCUGACAUCGUACAGUUUCCAUGGCACGCGACUCUCUACAGGCAGGAAACACCGUCUCAGGCUACCAAGGAGUUCCAGUGCGGCGCAACGAUCAUCAAGGGGAACAUUUUGUUGACCGCCGCCCAUUGCGUUUACGAUGAAUAUUAUCAAGUGAUCGAGAAACCUGAAAAAUUUUACGUUCUCACAGGCAACAAUUUCCGCGAUUACGACAGUCCGCUUAACAAUGAACAUCUCAUUCGGAAAGCUGCGGUGAAAAGCAUCUACCUUCCUUGCGAGUAUCAUGGCCGGGAGGGUAAUUACAACUCCGAUAUAGCGGUAAUCGAAUUGCGCGAGGCGUUCGCGCUGUCCGGAAUCCUAAUUCCAGCCUGCAUGGAUAUCCAGGGUUACACCGACCGUAUAUUGAAGUCUCGCUCAGUCGGAAGGAUCGCUGGAUUUGGUAAAACGAGAACUGGCGUGACGAGCGCAACUCUUUUGACAACGAACAUCUUCUACGUACCCAUCAAGGAGUGCAAAAUGGCCGACAGUAUCGGCGAUAAUGCGGGGCUUCUAACAAACGACAAGUUCUGCGGCAAAAGCGAGAACGGGAUGGGCGUCGGCGAAGGAGACAGCGGCGGUGGUUUGGUUUUUGAGAAUGAUGGAAAGUGGUACGUCAUGGGAAUUUUAAGUGCUAAUUUAGGGGCUCGCACCUUGGACGAAUCGGGAACGCGCAACUGCACAGCUCACUCCCUUUACACCGAGGUUUCCGCUCAUAUUUCGUGGGUUCUUCAGGUGCUUUUCAAUUUGGAACGAUACCAGUAUUACCCGUUCACGACGAUACUUCAAACCUGUCGUGCAACCGCAAUCGACUGGAAUCCGGUCUAUAACAUAACAAUUGGGUUCAAUAAAAAUUUCGAUGAACUUGUAAUCGAUCCUUCAAACUACAGGUCUGCAAAAGUAGCACCAACGUGGCGAUGGAGUUCAAUUUCAGUUUCGACCUCUGUUAAAAACUGA